AUGCCUCCAAUAAAUAGGGGUAAAUCGAGUGGGAAUCCUAAAUGCCCAGUAUGUGGUAGUCAUUUUAAAUAUUUAGAAGCACAUAUCACGAGGAUUCAUAGAACUACAUUAUCAGAGGAUGCUUCAGAACAAUUGGCACAAGAAAAUACUACUAACUCGGCUGAUUAUUUGACACCUAAUUUGUCUCAAGAACCAAUUUCUAUAAGCGAUGAAAAUUUUAUUCUUGAUAAUCAGAUUAGCAGAAUUGUUUUUACCCAUUCAACAUUUAAUAAAUAUACUUUUAAUUUUCCAAAUUGA